UCUAGUCUUCCACCAUUGGUUUCUGGGGGUGUCUUCUCUGUCUCGAGCUCUAUCUUGAUCGAAGCUUCGAGGGAGAGAGUCUGGGGUGUCCUAUUGGACUUUUCAUCCUACGGCCAAUGGCGCGAACAGACAGUGGUCGACGCGACAUCAAAGAAUCCGUUGUCCGACCAGAUUCCUCAAGAAGGACAACGACUUCUCAUGAAGGUUCAUAUUCCACCUACAAUGGAUGACUCCAAGUCCUUCCAAACCACCGAAGAGAUUAUCACGCAUGUCGACAACGCCAAUUUUCGCAUCGCGUGGAAGUACGCGACACUUCCGGAGUGGCUACUCCGCGCGGAACGUUGGCAAACACUUAGCGAGGUCUCUCCUGGCAGGACAAAGUACGAGACGCAAGAAGUCUUUGGGGGGAUAUUGGCGUAUGUAAUAAAGAUAUUCUUGAGGAAUGGAUUGGAAGAAGCGUUUGACGCCAUGGCAGCAACGCUGAAGAGCAGAUCUGAGGAG